AUGUUCCCGCCCUUCUUGUGCUUGGCAGGAGGUGGAAAUUACCUCGUGACUGUCAACAAUUCAUUGCGCGCCCGGGUUGAGGAUCUGCAGAGGACGGUGAACGUUCUUCAAGCCGCUGAGCAGGAGGCCAAGCAGGAGGUAAACGAUAUGACGAGGGAGCGCGCCGCAUUGACGCAUCGCAUCAAUGAUCUCGAGGCUAUUGCGGCGUCAGGGGUACCAGAGAGGGCACUCGACGACCCGGCCGUUAACAUGGAUCUGCUCCCGCGGGACAACGACAAGAAGAUUGUCGUGAAGAGCACCUUGGAAAAGAAAUCAUUUGGGAAGAAGGCGCUCGAGACAUACGUUUGGAUGAUCACUGAUGCGCCUGUGGAUGUGAUGCAGUUUUUCCCGACGUUCGAGGAGGUGCAGCCUCACCUUGUGUGGAAGUACCGCCUCAUCGGCGUGUCGCAGGACGAGUACUACUACGUCGUCGGGGGAAACGCCUCGUACAUCAAGGAAGCAAUGGCCACCAUUGCCACGAAGCGGUCCAACACGCACAAGAAAAUCCGUCUCUAUGCGUGGGGUGCAGGAGGCUUGCUGCCUGAAGAUAGGUGGCCGGAGCUCGCAAGAGAGAACAUCCACCCUGGGAAGCGUCGAACCGAGGCUAUCUGGUUGGUGGACUUCAGGCAUGAAAGGUUUGGCUACGCCUGGCAUGCGUCUGACGAUGGACGCCCGUUUGCAUCUGUCGCUUUUGAAAAGGCCGCCCUUGCUGCGUUUGUCAAUGUCCGGGCGACGUCCGUGCAGUUGAAGAUUCCGCAGCUCGCCUACCUCUGUGUCGUGGUAAGUAGCUCUCCAUGUUCGUAA